AUGGGACUAGAUGCCUUCCAGGCUGAGAAAGUGAUGGAAACACUACGUCAACUUGCACAGGACGGUCAUACAGUAAUCUGUUCUAUACACCAGCCUAGAGGAUCGGUGUAUGCAAAAUUUGACGACAUUGUGUUGCUCACAGAAGGUUCAUUUGUCUAUGCGGGUCCUGCAAGCGAUGAAGCUCUGGCUUACUUCUCAAAGUUUGGGUUCAUCUGCCCUGAUCAUGUCAAUCCGGCUGAAUUUUUGGCUGAUCUCAUUUCAGUAGACUACAGUUCUGCUGAGAGUGUUGACACUUCUCAGAAAAGAAUAGAUGGUCUUAUUGAGUCAUUUUCUGAGCAGAUUCCAUCAACUCUAUAUGGAAUUUCACUUACAGAGCUAGAUCUUAAGGGCACCACAAUCUUGAGGAAGAAAGCUAUUACAAAAGGUAAAGGUGGUUGGUGGAGGCAAUUCCGUUUGCUCCUCAGACGUGCAUGGAUGCAGGCUUCUCGUGAUGGCCCAACAAAUAAAGUUCGAUCAAGGAUGUCAAUAGCAUCAGCUAUCAUAUUUGGUUCUGUCUUUUGGAGAAUGGGAAGGUCACAGACAUCGAUACAAGAUAGAAUGGGAUUGCUUCAGGUUGCGGCUAUAAACACUGCAAUGGCUGCACUAUCAAAGACAGUCGGCGUAUUUCCUAAGGAACGUGUGAUUGUCGAUAGAGAAAGAGCGAAAGGGUCCUAUUUGUUAGGGCCAUAUUUACUGUCAAAAUUAUUAGCUGAGAUCCCUGUUGGAGCAGCAUUCCCGCUGCUCUUUGGUACCGUUUUAUACCCCAUGACCCGUCUUCAUCCUACAUUGUCAAGAUUUGGGAAGUUCUGUGGAAUAGUAACCACUGAAUCCUUUGCUGCAUCUGCGAUGGGCCUAACUGUUGGUGCUAUGGUUCCGACCACUGAAGCAGCUCUGGCAGUAGGACCAUCUUUUAUGACUUUAUUCAUUGUAUUUGGAGGCUACUACGUCAAUGCAGGGAACACACCAAUCAUCUUCCGCUGGAUUCCUCGUGUUUCUCUCAUCAGAUGGGCAUUUCAAGGGCUUUGCAUUAAUGAAUUCAGCGGGCUUCAGUUUGAUCAUCAGAACUCCUUUGACAUUCAGACUGGCGACCAAGCACUUGAUCGACUUUCCUUUGGAGGCAGUAGGAUCAGAGACACAGUGGUCUCUCAAAGUAGAAUACUACUCUUUUGGUAUUACACCACUUACCUUAUGCUGGAGAAAAAUAAACCCAAAUACCAACAACUUGAGCCGCCUCCUCGCGAUCAAUUACAAACACCACCAAAGCCUGCUGAGCCUCUUGAAAGUGAAACUGAGGAACCAUAACCCGAACCCCCCCUUCCGGACGACCAAGGUAAACCCGACCAGCCACUUCCAUCGCCUACCUCUGAGCCACUUAAUCUAUUCGGCAUAGACGGUUUGUAAUUACUUCGACUGCGAUCAUCUUUAUGUGAUAUAUGCAACAGAUUCCUAAGCGAUGGCUGCAAAAUAAAGAAGGUAGCUCUAUUUUAGAAGAUAAUGAUAGUGAAAAUGCAUGGUAUAUUUUGUACUCAGAAGCUCAUCAAAGCUUGAGUACUAGUACAUCUGCCAUGUCAAGCCUUGAUUUUGA